AUGGCCGAACGCGCGCUAAAACGUAGGAAGCCUACGCCAGGAAUGGCCCAAAACCCGGCUGUUCUCACCACAGUCCCGCUCGACAAUCUAUUGACCGAGAUUCACCGGCUCCUCGGUCCAACCUGGGCCUUGCCGCCUUACGACAACCUAUUACCGGCAUUUCUCAAGCCACCGUCAUCGCGGCUACAAAUUGAAGAUCUCAAUUAUCUCGUCAGGAAAGGCGCGUUUGAUGUUCCACAGGGUGCGCUUGGCCAAGAGAUCUUCAAAUCAUAUAUUCGGCAUGUGCAUCCCCACAUGCCGUUUUUGGAUCUGGAUCUCUUUUCAGAUGCUAUUUUCAAUCAAAAUCCCUCUCGAUAUGAUGGGGAGGGAAUCAGCCUCCUACUGUUCCAGGCGGUUAUGUUUGCCGGUGUGUUCUUUGUUGAUUUGAAACAUCUUUACGCUGCUGGGUUUCUCUCCCGACGGAGUGCACUGGAAGCACUAUUCCAAAGAGCCCGGGCCCUCCAUGACUUCGACUGCGAAGAAGACGAAUUCGCUGUCCUCCAAAGCCUCCUUCUCAUGACAUACUGGUACGAAAACCCAGAUCGGAACAAAGACGGCCGGUAUUGGAUUAGUAUUUGCGUCUCACUUGCAAGCAAAGUGGGCCUCUACCCCCAUGAGUCAAACAACAAGACUGUAGAGGGGCGAUUCAGGAAUCUCCUAUGGUGGAGCAUGUUCACUCGCGACAGACUGAUCGCGCUUCCACUGCAAGAGGCGCCCCUCAUCAAAAACGAAGUGUAUCUAUCAUUGCCGAUCCCCACAGCAGAUGACCUGGAAAUAUUUUCUCCACGAUCAACAUUGAGUAGCGACUACGCCAAAUCCUGCUAUCAAGAUAAUGAGGACAGCCUCGCGCUCAUCUUCAUCGAGAAAAUCAAACUAUGUCGCUGCAUCAGAGACGACAUGUUUUCAUGGGGUCUGCAAAGACCAGAUCUCGGGUCCAGGGGUAUAAAAGCACGAAGAGAAAGUUUAACUCUCUCAAAACUGGAUCUGGAUGAUUGGCUUGAAGGAUUACCAGAUAAGAUCGCCUUCCGACCGAAACCAUUCUUAACGCCCAACGACGCAGACCUCAUAUUCCAUGUGCACUGUGCAUGGCUGCAGAUGGUUUACUGUGAGAUUCACAGCACGCUUCAUCGGCAAUUGGAGUUCUUCGCUGAGCAUGGAGAUACACCUCGGCGAGUACUCUCGUCCGAUUCUCCUGGGUGUCCGGUUCUGCGCGGUGCUGUGGAGAUGACAACCGUUAUUGAAGAUCUAUGUCAGAAACACCUUAUAUGCUACCUACCCACCAGCAGUGUCGCUAUGGUUCUCCGUGCGGGCAUCAUCCACAUCCAGCAGAUGUGUAGUGGUGAUGCCCAGGUGGAGCGUAAAGGUCUGAAAGGUCUGUUGCAGUGCAUUCGCGCUCUACAGCAACUUAGUAAGGUUUAUGGUUGUGCGCUUUUCCUUACAUCUAUUCUCGGAGGCCAUGGGAAAGAACCAUUGGGUUCUUCUCCGCAAGAUCUUUUGAAGAGUUUGGAUAUGGAAACGCUGGAUCGGCUUACCUCGGGGUAUCAUGAAUCUGCAGCCUCGAUGGUCAGGAUCAGAGAGCCGUAUGACGUUGAUGUUAUUGCUCAGUUAAGGACCAGGCGAGAGAGCAUCUGUUAUUGA